AUGAUAUGUCUGCAUUUAAAUGUCUCCAUUAGGCUGAUGCUGUGGGGUGUAAUUUCACUAAUGAUGAGGAUUUACUAUGAAAAAGACAAAAUGAUCACCAACACAUUUUCAUUCCUGUCCCUUGUUUUAUUUCACUUAAUCUGUCCAUUUCAUUUCACUGGUGCUGUUUUGGCUCAGAGUCUCUUUUGUCUUUGCAGGGUUUACAAGCUCAAGUGAAAGCUGAAAAAAGUGUCCUGAGAGGAAAACAAAUAGGGAUGAGACUGAAUGGUGAUCAUAUGCAUUUCAAGAAAACAGAAGAGCAACAUUCUGUAAAUAUCUCCUUUUGUGUUCAGUGGAAGAACGUGUGGGUUUGGAUCCCAGAAAAGAUGGUUUAGCAGCGUGAUUGAGUCAUUAGGCUCUCAGAAGGUCUGUCUUGUGUCUGCGUUGCGGUGACAGCACUGUUCGCUGAGGUUCAACUUCAUUUCCUCCGAAAUUCUAGAAGUGUCGGCUUUCCACAUGUGUGCCAAGUUUGGUUGUCAGCAGGGUUUAAGAUGAAUUAAGAGAGACUUUUACACCCAGAGGAGUUUCUGCCAAGUCCCUAGAGAUCCGAACCUGCAAGGGCGACAGGAGUGUUGGUCCUAUACUUCACCCUGGAGUCAUGCAGAUGUUUCAGGUCCGGGCAGGAUAAAGCCAAAGGUAACGCGUGUCAGAGCGGACUGGUGCCAGCACUGGUUCGAGCUCCUCUGCCCACUGUGCCACCCUCUCUGGGCAUGAAGCACUUCCUUCCCUUCCCUCUAGACGGCGGCUCCACGCUCAGCCUUAUUCCCAGCUUCAGCAGCAUGGACCCGGUUCAGAAAGCUGUUUUGCAUCACACGUUCAGCACUUCGGCCUCCACUAAAAGGAAAGCUGUCUCGUGCGGCGUGUGCCAGCUGAGGUUUAACUCGCAGAGCCAGGCAUUGGCCCACUACAAAGGCACCAAACACGCCAAGAAGCUGAAAUCCUUGGACGCCCCGAAAUGCCUCAAACACAAGAGUUCCCUGGUCACCAGGGAAAAUACCAACAAGGAGCCACCUAGAGGCCUCUCUCCCCCCACAGCGGCCAGCAACACUGAAAGAAAAGGUCAUUUGUCUUUUACAGGUGGGAGUCCUGGAGCGCCUGUGGCCCCUUCAUCACCCUCUUCUGCCCCGGGGUCCGGCCCCAGCGUGGAGCCCACAGAGCCAGAGUCUACCUCAGUGUCAGGAGGAGAGGACGGCCGCUCCAUCACGCCCAACCCACCUGAACCGGAAGAGAACGACCCCGCAGUCAGUCCAGAGACAGAGACCGAGACGGAGGAUGAGAAAGCACUGCGUCUGCUCUACUGCUCCCUCUGUAAGGUGGCCGUCAACUCUGCGUCACAGCUAGACGCGCAUAACAGUGGCACCAAACACAAAACCAUGCUGGAGGCUCGGAGUGGGAUCGGCUCCAUCAAAUCCUUCCCCAGGGCCGGGGUGAAGAGCAAGCUGCCUGCACCCACUAAACCAGACACGGGCCUGCAGAACAAGACAUUCCACUGUGAAACCUGCGACGUGCACGUCAAUUCAGAGACGCAGCUCAAGCAGCAUAUCAGCAGCAGACGCCAUAAAGACAGAGCUGCAGGGAAACCAGCCAAACCCAAGUACAGUCCUUACACCAAAACCCAAAGAGGAGCCACCAAACAGACACAGGUGAAGAUGCCAAACGGUAAAGACCUGUGUCCACCACUGACCACCAGGAUAAUGCCGUCCCACCUAGCAGCUGUCGCCGCUGCAGCCGCCGCCAUUGGCUCCGCCUUCCCGCUGCGUGCCUGCCAUAACCCCGCCCUCUUUCAGACUCAGUCCCUCCCCGCCGCGCUGCUCCGCCCUGCACCGGGGCCAAUCAGGACUGCUCACACGCCUGUACUGUUUGCCCCUUAUUGACUUUUGAACUAUGACCUCUGGGGGAUCGGAUCAUUAACCCCUCCAUCACCCCAUACCCAGAUUCAAUGCGCGAUAUCGCAAUAAUUUAAAGACAAAAAACGAACCAGGUAACUAUGCAUCAUCAUUUACAUGUGACACACUGACGUUAAGCUAUAUAUGUAUUGGUGGAGAUUUGAUUUUUGUUUUUUUUUUCUGUAUGGAAACAUCAUGAUUCAUCAUUAUCGUGGCUUAGAUUACAAGAUUGAUUUGUAAAUUUAAGGUGAGUAUGGGAACACAGAGAUGGGAAAUGAAAAGUUGUAUUUCUCUGCUGUUUUGCACUUUAAGUCUUUCUGUUGUUGAUUUCAGUGCUUUAGAUGUCUAGAUCCCUUCCUGUUUCCAGCUGUUGGUGUAACAGGUCAGCAGGGCUUCAUUUGUCAAUGGACCCCUUUCACAUUUCUGUGGUUCUCAGAAACACUAUAGUGGUGAAUGGAAUCUACAACAAAUAUCAUUUUUGGGUUCCCAUUAGCUUCAAUAGAAGAAAAGCAUUUCUAUGACUUCACAAAAGAGGAAUAAAUAUCUAUUCAUAUAUCAUACCAACAUAAUCAUAUCAAAAAUUCAUAUAUCAAAUAUCUACAUAAUCAAUUACGCUGGUUAGAAAAUAGAAAUAUGUCAAAUUUGCCACCACUCCCUCAAAAAUCAUUAAUCAUACAUUAAUUCAACAAAAAUAAUUGUAAUCUUUGUCUGUUCUUAAUAAAUUAAUGAAAGAUUCGCCAUCACUUCCUUUAAAUUUACUUUAAAACAAAUUUCACUCAGAAAUUAGAAGUAAAUUUCACAAAUAAA